UGCCUUCCUCACCUACUGCGCCCGCGACUCGGCCCUGAAGGCGCAGAGCGCCCUGCACGAGCAGAAGACGCUGCCAGGGAUGAACCGCCCCAUCCAGGUGAAGCCUGCUGACAGCGAGGGCCGAGGAGAAGACAGGAAGCUCUUUGUGGGUAUGCUGGGGAAGCAACAGAGCGAGGAUGACGUCCGGCGCCUCUUUGAGCCUUUUGGCCAGAUUGAGGAGUGCACCAUCCUCCGAGGGCCUGACGGAGCCAGCAAAGGUUGUGCCUUUGUGAAAUAUGGCAGCCACACCGAGGCGCAGGCUGCCAUCAACAGCCUGCACGGCAGCCAAACCAUGCCGGGUGCCUCGUCCAGCCUGGUAGUGAAGUUUGCAGACACCGAUAAGGAGAGGACCCUGCGGCGGAUGCAUCAGAUGGCAGGGCAGCUGGGCAUCUUCAACCCCAUGACCAUCCAGUUUGGCGCCUACGGGGCCUAUACGCAAGCGAUCAUGCAGCAGCAGGCAGCCCUGAUGGCGGCUGCGCAGGGGACCUGCCUGAACCCCAUGGCUGCCAUCGCCGCCGCCCAGAUGCAGCAAAUGGCCGCCUUCAACGUCAGCGGGCUGGUGGCUGCCCCCCUCACCCCCUCUUCAGGUACGAGCACCCCCCCUGGCAUCAGCACAGCGCCCGUGCCCAGCAUCGCCACGCCAAUUGGGGUGAACGGCUUCAGCCCACUGCCGCCGCAGACCAACGGGCAGCCCGCCUCGGAGACCAUCUAUACCAACGGCAUCCACCCCUACCCUGCUCAAAGCCCCACGGUGGCCGAUCCCCUCCAGCAAGCCUACGCAGGCAUGCAGCACUAUGCAGCGUAUCCCACCGCCUAUGCACCCAUCAGCCAAGCUUUUCCCCAGCAAGCACCCAUCAUCCCGCAGCAGCAGCGAGAAGGUCCCGAAGGCUGUAACCUGUUUAUUUAUCACCUGCCCCAGGAGUUCGGGGACGCGGAGCUCACGCAGAUGUUCUUGCCUUUUGGCAAUGUCAUCUCUGCCAAAGUCUUUGUGGACCGUGCCACCAACCAGAGUAAAUGCUUUGGUUUCGUCAGUUUUGACAAUCCGACAAGCGCUCAGGCAGCCAUUCAGGCCAUGAACGGCUUCCAGAUCGGCAUGAAGAGGCUAAAAGUCCAGCUAAAGCGGCCGAAAGAUGCCAACAGACCCUACUGACCCCUGCUUACCCUGGCCCUGCGGAGAGGUCGGGCGUCCUGUGGUGUCUGACGACUUUCCCCUUCCCCAAGUGCAGUAUCCAAACCCGUAACUCUCUUUCUUUGCAACACAUCCCGGAGGAGGAAGAGGAGGAAGAAGAGGAGGAGGUGAUGGAGA